GGAGAGGGAAGUACAUGAACCAUUCAUAGAGCCACGAGAAAAAAGGGUUUCACAUUCAUCCGUUAUAGCAUCGCCCUUCGAUUAUUACUGCACAUGGUAACCUUUCCUGGCUGCUGAGCCGCCACCCAACAGCACUACCACCACCUCUCGCUUAUUUUCUGCUUCAGAUUCUUUUCCUUUGUCUCAUUCAUGAAGAGUCCCCCAGACCUUUUAAUUCGCAGUUAAUUUCUAAAAACCUCUCCUUUUUCCUUUUCCUCUUCUUGUUUUCAUGGCCUGUGUAACCGAUGACACUCGGGGUCUGAGUUCCCUUACUCAGCUGCCCUCUGGUGGGUUAUCUCUCAGAGAAAGGAGGUACGGCGGGAGAGGUCAAGGAAGCUUUGGGAAGUUCCCGUUUGAGAAGGUGUUUCCUGUGUAUGCAAUGGACGUUUCCAAGGGUGACUCCAGCUCUGUUGCAAACUCUGUUGGUGACCCGAUUUGGGACGCUGUGAGAGAGGAGGCCAAGUUGGAGGCAGAAAACGAACCAAUUCUAAGUAGCUUCUUGUAUGCCAGUAUCCUGGCACAUGAUUGUUUGGAGCAAGCAUUGGCGUUUGUUCUUGCUGAUCGGCUCCAAAAUGCAACACUUUUGGCAACUCAACUGGUGGAUAUAUUUCAAAAUGUUAUGAUGCAUGAUAGAGGCAUUCAACAAUCAAUACGUCUGGAUGUGCAGGCAUUCAAAGACAGAGAUCCUGCCUGUUUGUCAUAUUGUUCAGCUCUGUUGUAUUUUAAGGGAUACCAUUCUUUGCAAUCAUAUCGAGUUGCCCAUGCAUUAUGGAAGCAAGGUAGGAAAGUAUUGGCAUUGGCAUUGCAAAGCAGAAUUAGUGAGGUUUUUGGUGUUGACAUACAUCCAGCUGCAAGAAUUGGAGAUGGAAUAUUGUUGGAUCAUGCAACAGGGGUUGUUAUUGGUGAAACUGCUGUUGUAGGAAACCGUGUCUCCUUGAUGCAUGGUGUGACAUUAGGAGGGACAGGGAAAGAAACUGGAGAUCGCCAUCCAAAAGUUGGUGAUGGUGCACUCCUUGGUGCCUGUGUGACUGUACUUGGGAAUAUAAAGAUAGGUGAAGGGGCAAUGCUUGCCGCUGGUUCACUAGUAUUAAAAGAUGCUCCUCCACAUAGUAUGAUGGCAGGAACACCUGCACAGGUACUUGGAUACAUAGAUGAGCAAGAUCCCUCACUGACAAUGAAUCAUGAUGCUACCAAGGACUUAUUCCAAAAUAUAGCUGUUGGUUUAAGAGACGGAAAGUCCACUGAUUCAUCGGAUCAAGAAAACAAGGGCAGCGAUACUUGAUACACUUGGGAGGCGUGGAUCUGCACCGCCAACCUGACUGGGGAGAUUGAUUGUAUUUUUUAUACAUCAUGUUAUUUGUGAAACAAAAUUAAAAACAAUUCAUCAUAUAUAUAUAUAGAUAUCAUAGUCGCUCAUAACCAUUGCUGAUCUUGUUCAUAACAUUGGAUGAAUUGUGAAACCAUUUAUUUUUUACGGUGACUCUGACCGUGUGUAGAAUUCAAGAAUUCUGUUUCAGA